AUGAAGCGCCUCGCGGUACUCCUCCUCUCUCUCCUCCUAUAUCCUUUCAUCUCCUCUGCCUUGAAAUUUGAACUCCUUGCCCAACCGGGACACAGCGCCAAAAACGAACGUUGUAUACGAAACUUUGUCACAAAGGACACGUUAGUUGUGGUCACGGCGAUUGUGAGCGGCAGUCGGGGCGAUGGGCAGAUGGUUAAUAUGCACAUUAAGGACGCCGUAGGAAACGAUUACGGCAGGCCCAAGGAUGUUGCAGGAGAGAAGAGGAUGGCAUUCACGAGUUUGGCAGAUACCGCGUUCGACGUGUGCUUCGAGAAUACUUUGACUGGACGAUCGGCUGUUCCUAAUCCCUCUCGCCACGUCGAACUCGACAUCGAUAUCGGGGCUGACGCCCGGGAUUGGUCUGCUAUCCAAGCCAACGAAAAGCUGAAACCUGUGGAGGCGGAUCUGCGAAGAAUAGAGGAGACGGUCGAUGAGAUCGUCCAAGAGUUGGAGUAUCUCAGGAUCAGAGAGCAAAAGUUGCGGGAUACCAACGAGAGUACGAAUGAAAGGGUCAAAUGGUUUGCCUUUGGGACUAUGGGAAUGUUAGUCGGUUUGGGAGCGUGGCAGGUCGUAUAUUUGAGGGCUUACUUCAGGUUUGUAUUCCUUUCAUCGCAUCUUUCGUUUGUGCUUGUUUGA